AUGGCGACUGCCACCACAGAGAAGUUCAAUCAUACAAGGAGGACUCGUAUGGGAGAGAGUAAUAGACCCAUGCCCACUACACCUAGUCGCAGGAGAAGUGGAUUUGAGAAUCAUGAAGGGGAGUGGCAUGAUAAACAUAGCAUUUCAGAAAGCAAAUCAGUGUCAAAAUCUUCUUUGCAUAAUCUUCCCAAUUUUCAUGCUCGGCCCAAUUCUACCAGAGCCCGUUCAGUUUCAGUUGGUAAAUUUGAAUCUCGUAAGGAUACUAACAAUCUGAUGAGAGCUGAUGUUGAUGCAAAGAAGUCUGCCACUACUGAUGAGUACGUUGUGGGUGAACGUUUUUAUUUUGGGGUCUUAAAACCAGAUAGACUAAGCUCUAGAUCAAAAUCAAAUCCUCGUUUUUCGGUAGAAGACUUAAAGCCUAAUGGGUAUAGGAAGUCCAUUAAAACCAACGGACUUGACAAAGAAUUACUCAAGGCUGAAAAGAAGACAAAUGAUUUGAACAAGCAGACAUUGAAAAUUGAUACCACCAGCAAAAAUGUGAAUGAAUUGGUUGCCAGUUGCAAAACAUCUGAUGGUGGCUGGGUUGACAGUAUUAUGAUGGACAGCUCGGAGUGCGUAUCUCCCAAUGCUAUAUUUUUUUCUAAAGCAGAUAUGUCUCCCAAAUUUUCUAAAUUCACUCCAUUGGACACUAUUUAUAGCAAGGAUAAAAGCAGCUCUGAUAAAAGCUUUAGAAACACCUCAUCAAGUGUUGCCAUACAUAGUAGCUCUAUGUCUGUAAGGGUAAAACCUAGUGCAAGGAUUAGUGUCAGAGAAUUCAGUAAAGCAAGCAUUGAGAAAGAAAAAGACCCAUAUAGGAAGUGUAAAACGAAUGUUUGGUUAUCUUGCAUAGGUGGAGGAGCUUGCAUGCCUGCCAAUGGUGCACCUAUUUUGAAAAAGGAUAGGCCCUUGGAUUUUGAUAAUUUGCCCUCAAAAGAAAGAGAGAUCAGGGUUUCUUGGGCAGAUAAGCAUCGUCCUGGAUCUCUUGCAGGAUUUGUAUGCCAUAAGCAACAGGCUCAGUUUCUCAAACAAUUGAUAUCUCAUGGGAACUGCCCUCAUAUUCUCUUCCAAGGCCCACCUGGUUCUGGAAAGAAAGCUCUCACCAUGGCUUUGCUACGAGAUAUAUAUGGAGGUUCUUCUUGGAGGAUUUCACAUGAGCUUAGAUCUUUCGAUUUGCAGGGAAAGAGACAUGGGACAAUAAGUCUGCCCGUUGCAUCAAGUCCUCACCAUAUGGAGCUUAAUAUCUCACCUGUGGCUGAGAAUUCCCGUUAUGUGUUAAUGGCCCUCAUCAAGGAGUUAGCACGCACAUCUGAGAUAGCUGUACUAGAGGAAUAUGAAUCCAGUUUUGUAGCAGAUUACAAAGUGAUGGUUCUAUAUGAGGUGGAGAGACUCUCAAAAGAUGUUCAGCACAUCAUCAAAUGGAUGAUGGACCGCUACACAGAUGCAGUCAAACUAGUUCUCUGCUCUGAUAAUGAUGCAAGCCUAAUUGAUGGCCUAAAAAACCGUUGUCAAGUCAUCAAAGUAGAUGCUCCACUGACCCAUGAAAUCAUGGAAGUUCUUCUUCAGAUUGCAAAGAAGGAAAGGUUUGACUUACCAAUGAGUUUUGCAGCUCGAAUUGCAAGCAAAUCAAAGCAGAAUCUGAGACGAGCAAUCAUGUCCCUUGAAGCCUGCAAAGCUUAUCAAUAUCCUUUCCAAGAAGACCAACCAAUUCCUGUCGGUUGGGAUGAGCUGGUAUCAGAAAUUGCAACAGAUGUUUUGAUGGACCCAACCUCAAAAAGAGUUUUUAUUGUUCGUGGAAAGUUUCAGAGAUUGCUUUCUGAUUGUGUAAAUCCAAGACUUAUACUACAGAGUCUUAUGGAGGAGCUCAUGAGGAGAAUUCCAACUUCCAUUAAGAGAGAGCUUUACUACAGCUACGUCUAUUCGGAUAAACAUCUGUCUAAGGGAAAUGUUCUGAUCAAACUUGAAGAGUUUGUAGCAAAAGUAAUUAGCAUCUAUGCCAAUUAUUUGAAAGAAAACAGCAGCAUGGCAAUGUAG